AUGGCCAUCUGGGUAGCAUGUGUCUCUGUCAUUCUUUUUGUCCUUGCGGAGGUUGUUGCGGGCGGUAAGUACUGCCGAAGUGACCUGUGCCCCCGCGGAGGUCCUCACGUCGGAUGCAAUCCACCACCGUUUCACGGUGGUCCAACCUGUCACAGAAAGAAAAACGCCAAGAAGGUCCCUCUAUCGCGCACACUACAAUCGUUCAUUUUGGACGAACACAAUCUGAACCGGUCAAACAUUGCGCUGGGAAAGAUAUCGCCUUACCCGGGAGCGGUCAAAAUGCCAACGCUUACUUGGGAUGAGGAGCUUGCUCAGCUGGCCGAUGCGAACGCUCGCUCGUGCAACUAUGGCCAUGAUAGGUGCCGUGCAACGGACAAGUUCCCGUACGCGGGCCAAAACAUUGCCAUCACGCAGUUCUUUGGCUAUCGGUUCACGGAGAAGGACCUGAUCCAUAAGUUCAUCUCGAGCUGGUGGGGUGAAUAUUUGGAUGCACGCCCGGCCCACAUUGCCAAGUAUCCGACAUCGUACAGUGGAAAACCCAUCGGUCACUUCACACAGAUCGCUAGUGAUCGUAGCACGAAGGUGGGCUGCUCCAUGUGGUACUGGAAGGAUGGACAGAUGGAUGCGUACUACUUCGUGUGUAACUACUCCACGACGAACAUUAUGGAUCGCUCCGUGUACCAGUCGGGUCGUACCGCUUCACAGUGCAAAAAGGGAAGGAACCUCAAAUUCCCAGGGCUCUGCAACCCCAAUGAAGAACCACGCUCCAUUAUGGAUCCUUAG